UUAUGACAGUGUCAACACCGAUUCAAACAUACCAACGGUUAUUUGUUUGUUAUUGUUACUAACGUUGUAUAAUUAUAAAUAAUUAGUAUAAGUAUCGAUUAGGGGUUCAUAUCACAUAAAUGGCUGCGUUUAAAAAUCUCCGUGACAUCAGUAAUAGUUUUGAACAUGAACUUCGUCGUAUUUCUCGGGAAUUAUUUUCCGCUAAGGUCAGCGAACCGUUUGAAGACGUUGUUGCCAAAAAAAUACAAGAUUUAACACUAUUUUAUUCAAAAUUAAGGCUCCUACAAGCCAAACCCUUAACUGUUACUCCACAAGUAACGGAAUGCAAUAAAAGCGAGCACACAAUAACGGAAUACGGUGACACUGUUACGUGGAAGAUUAUGGAACAUCAGGUCAUAAAGAGUUUAACGCAAACAUAUACUGUCAAGAAACUUAUAACGACAUCCAACGAUAACUUGGAUCCCGAGUUGGUUGAGAGGAAGGAAAAGAUAGUAGAUCAGUUGAAAAAAUUCCGCCAACAAGAAAGUCAGCUUCGUCACCUGGAGGCAGUGAUGAAGGAGAAAGAGGAGCAGCUUAAGGAAUCAAGAGAGAACUGGCAUAAUGUACUGUGUAGGUUGAAAGAGAGUAGGAAAUUACCACAAGUGGAGGAAAAGAGUUCCGGACCGUUGUACAAAAAGCUCAAAGUGCUUAUCGAUAAAAUGGAACUAAUGAGAUGGCUGAUAUCAAAGCUGGUGACCUCAAGAACCGGUGAUUAUGACUGGACCUCGGACCCUCACCGGAGACUAAAAGCUCUGGCGUUGGCAAGACAAAAACAUACAAUACAAAAUUAUACUGAAUCAUGAAUAAAAUAUAUGUCAUUGUU